UUAUGUACAAGUAUCUAACACCAUUGAACUCAGUUGGAGCAAAGUGAUGUGAUGGUUAGAACCAUCUCCUGACAGCAAGACGCCCCUGGCUUUGAAACACUGGCUGGUUGAACCCACAUCUGCAUGGGUUCUCUCCACGUACUGCAGCUUCCUCCCCCAGUUCAAGUACAUGCAUAUUAGUUUAACUGUUGAUUUUAAAUUGGCCACAUGUAUGCGACUGAAUGAUUUUGUUCAUGCAAAUGUUCUUUUUCUUAAGCUUGUGCUUUUGAAACUGAAUACUGAAUAUCCAGAAAUCCAUCAGUUAUUAAGUAAAUAAUAAGGCUUUGCUGACAUGAUGUAAAAUAUAGAAAAACAUAACUUAAAAAAAGAGAUUUUCCUUUGUAGUUAUAACUUUGCUUUUGUUUGUCUCCUCCACUUUUAAACAUAAUAAAGGCUGGAGCACAAGUGGCUAUCAGAGCAGUAAAGUGAAGCAGUAAAGUUGUUAUGAAUAGACUUUAUACAGCCUCUGUGAAAGCGGACUUCCCUUAAAUUACAGUGUAUUCAAAAACUUUUGAUGCAUAUUAUGAUGAGUUCAUCUUCAGAUGUUUAAUAUUUCAAAUCUGCAGUCUGAACGCAGAUGUACUCUGCCGUUCCUCGUUGAACUAAUAUUUCACACGAGUUCUUUUUGCGCUCGGUGAGACAGAUUAAAGCGGUUUAGCGGAAAACAAUUGCGCAUCUGUGCACCGCAGAAAACAACUAAAGGCAAGAUGCUAAAGAGACGAACUACGAGGAAUGCGCACGUGCGCAAGGUCACUCCUGGCCAAUCGUGUCCUUGGGAUUUUCUGGACGGUCUUUCUCCUCCUCGUGCGAGGAAGGAUAAAAAGGCCAUUCCACAGACGCACUGUGGUGUACUCCCCCCGCAUAUGUUCAAGAUGCUGCAGCUGCUGACAUUCUUGGUGGAGAAGGUCUCCCUUCUCUUCAAGUUCAAACUCUUUGAGUCCAGCUGGUUAGAAAGCCGGCAGCGGGAGCGCGCUGAGCGGCGCGCUCCAUCGCCGCCCCUCCGCAGGGGAGACGUGCUAGAGGUUCCCAGAUCACUCUUCACUCACUUCGGCAUCUAUUUAGGCGACAACAAAGUAGCUCACCUGAUUCCAGACAUCCUCCCCGUGCUCACGAGCAACGACAAGCUCAUCAGCUCUGUCAUCACAAACGAGAGACUCAUCCUCGGCUGCAUAUACAGGUGUGCCACGGUGCGCGUAGACACGCUGGAGGACUUCGCGUAUGGCGCCAACAUCCUCGUGAACCAUGUUGAUAAGAUGAUGAAGACGCCACCUCUGCCCGACGACACCGUCGCCAAGAGAGCUGAAAAACUCAUAGGAGCCUUUCCGUACAGUUUACUGUGGAGUAACUGUGAACACUUCGUGACGUACUGCAGGUACGGAGCAGCAACGAGCCGGCAAACAGAGCAGUUCUGUGAGGUCCUGAAAUCAAUCAUCAGGGACCAGCGCACUGUUAUUGUUUCCGGGCUGCUUGGAAUUAUCUCUGUUGUUUACUUUGGUAUGGCACCUUUAACUACAUUACCCACAAUUCUUAUUCCCUUCACUCUCUGGAUGGCUGGUUAAAGGAGCUCAAGGCAAGAAGCCAAUAAAGAAGCCGAGAUGAACUUUUACUUGGCACAGAAGACUUGGCAAAACCUCCCUGGAACACUGAACUCCAGCUUCAUGCUUCA